UCUAAGCUUCGCUCAACAUUGUUGUCAGAAUAUUGAUUCUGAUCACUCAAGUAAAAAAGAAGUCAUUACUUCAGUACUGAAAAUGUUCAAAUUUACUUCAAUUUUAAUAGCAGCAUUGUUUGUCAAUCAAAUUACUGCGCAAUUUGACGAGAGAAGCGUUGAUGAUAUUCCACAAAAUCUAACUGCAUGUUAUGAUAUGUUGGUAUUUUCUCAAAGCUGGCCACAGACCAGUUGCUGGAAUUUAAAUAAAGUAUGGACAACUCAAAAAUAUGCUUGUAGUAUGUGUCAAAUGCCAAAAAAUAAAAAUAUCUGGACAAUUCAUGGGCUUUGGCCAUCAAAUAAACAUGGCAAGCACCCAUCUAAUUGUAAUGAUGAAAAAUACAACCCGAACUUAUUAAGCUCUUCGUUAAGAACCAUGAUGAAAGAAAAAUGGCCAACUUUUAAUUUGAAAUUAAGCAUUGAUUCUUUUUGGAGCCACGAAUGGUCAAAACAUGGAACUUGUGCUAUGGCGCUGGAAAGUACAAAUACAUUACCAAAAUAUUUUUCAAAAUCUUUACAAUUGCUGGAUCAGUACAACUUAGGUGUUGUACUUGCUGAUUCCGGAAUCAUUCCAGGGAAAACAUACAAUUACAGUGACCUGUUUACAGUUAUUCAGAAUACUUUAGGCGUUAAAACGUACAUAAAAUGUGCUACAAAUAACAUUACUAAAGAACAAUACGUUCAAGAAUUCAACGUUUGUUUCGACAAGUCAUUUAAGCUUACAGACUGUUCUGAUGAAAAUCGAACAAACUGCAAGUCUGAGAUAAUUUAUCCAAGAAAUGCCAACACAUGUUGAUGUUUGCUCUAAUUAACAUAUAACCAUAAUUGUCGACACUUUUUACUUCAUUUUGUGAAUUUGUUUUAAUAAUUGAUAUAGUUAUGUUGAUGAUACCUACAUAUAUUUUGUAUGACAAAGGAGAAAAAUUCUGCCAUUUUAACAAAUAUACGCAUUUGCACUUGCACAAUAUAAAGCUUGAAGAAAGAGCAAUAGAGUACGGCUAUUUUUACGCCAGACUUUUCGAUAAAAAAGACUUCAUGUUUGCUUAGAACUUUAUUAAAAACUGGAGAUUUCAAUUUAAUAAUUUAUAACAAUAUAAACAAACAGUAAUUUUUAAGACUUUUCAAUUUUCAGGAAAUAAGCGAAUAGUUAACCAUGAAUUAAACAGAACAUGUACCUAUCAUAUUAGAAUAGAUUUUUAGAGUUUGACUAUAUUUUAUUUUUAUAUUUUUGUUUUAAACCUCUCUUAUUUGAAUAUCUUUUACGUACAAUAAUAUAUCAGAAAACGUUCUUAAGUGAACUUUCAGUUUGUCAUACUAUCAAGAUUAUAUGACUUUUACUUACGAUAAAUCUUAUGAGUAAAAUAGUCAUACAAAGUAUGUUAUGCUUUAAAAAUUUAGCCGACAUAGUCAUUUUUUUAUGAUCACUAACAUUUAUUUAUGAAAAUUAAGUCAAUGUUUUACUCAACGUUUUCAUAAUAUGUAAUAAUAUCAUGAAAAAUCAUAUCAUAACCUUUCCGUAUAUAUAUUUUUAUACAAGUUUUUAAAAUCCUUAUACAGGUAAGUUGAAUAUUAUACUUACAUUUCCAAAUACUGCAAAUUAAUAAAGAAUAUAUUUCAAUUUCAUCAUUGACCUUUGAAUUAUGUUAGGCUACGAACGAUAUAAACCUAAAGUAAAAAAUGUUUUCAAGAAAUGUGUUAUCUAAUCAAUAAUUUGAUUUGGUACUGUGCACUGAAGCGAUCUUAAGGCAAUGAAUAAAUACAUUUUCAAAAAAAAAAAAAACAGAUGUCCAGAUUUACUCGAUUUAUUAAGCGAAUGGUUAUUCGCGCUAAUGGAGGAUAAAAGGACUUUAAACUUGAAACCGACAAUUUUGCAUUCUGGCUUAAGUGGAGUAAACAUGGUAUAUAUACUAAAGAAUUGAUAGGACGAAUGCACUGAAAAAGUACUU